CAGCGCGCGGCGGCGGCGGCAGAGGCUGAAGCAGGAGCCGCGGCGGAGCCAGGGAAGCGGGGGCGCUGCAGACGGAGCAGGUGCAGCCGGCGGGUCCGCGCGCCCCCCUCGGUCCCCUUGACAGAGGCUGAGGGGGGUGGUGGGGGGCCGCCCGGACUCCACGGGAAGAGUGGGGAGGGGGGCCAUGCGGCCGGGCUCCCCCCCGGCGCAGCGGGACAGCGGCCAGGGCCGGGGGCGCAGCGGCGUCGCUUCAUGCAGCCGGGGCGGCUGGGCAGCGGCGGCGGCGGCGGCGGGGGCGGCGGCUGAAACCAUGUCCGGGCAGCGCCGGGGGCCGCCGCCGCCGCCGCCGCGAGCCGGGAGCCGCGAUGGCCCCGUGGCCCGCACCUCCUCCGCCUCCGCCUCCGCCUCCACCUCUCGCCGCGCCGCCGCCGCCCGGCGUCUCUGCUAAGGGGCCGCCGGCGCGCAAGCUGCUUUUUAUGUGCACCUUGUCCCUAUCCGUCACCUACCUGUGCUACAACCUCCUGGGCGGCUCGGGCUCCCUGCAGUUCCCCCUGGCGCUGCAGGAGCCGCCGGGCGCCGCCGCCGAGCCCCCACCGAGCCCGCCGCCACCCUCUCUGCCGCCUCCCCCCGUGCGCCUCGGCGCCCCCUCGCAGCCGCCCGCGCCGCCGCCGCCGGACAACGCGAGCCGCGGGGAGCCGCCCGAGCCCCCCGAACAGCCCGCCGCCCCCGGGGCCGACGGCUGGGGGCUGGCGAGCGGCGGCGGGGGCGCCCGGGACGCCUGGCUCCGGACCCCGCUGGCCCCCGGCGAGAUGAUCACCGCGCAGAGCGCACUGCUGGAGAGGGAAGCGCAGGAGUCCAGCACCACCGACGAGGAGCUCGCAGGCCGGAGAGCGGCCAACGGGAGCAGCGAGAGGGGCGGCGCCGCGAGCACCCCGGACUAUGGGGAGAAGAAGCUGCCACAGGCUCUUAUCAUCGGGGUUAAGAAAGGAGGGACCCGCGCGCUGCUGGAGGCGAUCCGAGUCCACCCAGACGUGCGGGCGGUGGGCGUUGAGCCGCACUUCUUCGACAGGAACUACGAAAAGGGGCUGGAGUGGUACAGAAAUGUGAUGCCCAAGACUCUGGAUGGGCAGGUAACCAUGGAGAAGACACCGAGUUACUUCGUGACAAACGAGGCUCCCAAGCGCAUCCAUGCCAUGGCCAAGGACAUCAAAUUGAUCGUGGUGGUGAGGAACCCUGUGACCAGGGCCAUCUCUGACUAUACCCAGACGCUGUCAAAGAAACCCGAGAUCCCCACCUUCGAGGUGCUGGCCUUCAAAAACCGGACCCUAGGGCUGAUCGACGCCUCCUGGAGUGCCAUUCGAAUAGGGAUCUAUGCUCUGCACCUGGAAAACUGGCUCCAGUAUUUCCCCCUCUCCCAAAUCCUCUUUGUCAGUGGUGAGCGACUCAUAGUGGACCCUGCCGGGGAAAUGGCCAAAGUACAGGAUUUUCUAGGCCUCAAGCGUGUCGUGACUGAAAAACAUUUCUAUUUCAACAAAACCAAGGGGUUCCCUUGUCUAAAGAAGCCAGAAGACAGCAGUGCCCCAAGAUGCUUAGGCAAGAGCAAAGGUCGGACUCAUCCCCGCAUUGACCCCGAUGUGAUCCACAGACUGCAGAAAUUCUACAAGCCCUUCAACAUGAUGUUUUACCAAAUGACUGGUCAAGAUUUCCAGUGGGAACGGGAAGAGGGUGACAAAUGAGGUUAGAGAAGCAGAGGGAAGGCUAGUGAAUAGCUAAGGAGGCUCCUUACCUGAGUCCUGAAAUCCCCCCCCACCGGGGUCUGUGGCCUCAGCCUCACUGGAGUGCCAAGUAGACCCCCUCCUUUGCCCAGCUGGGAUUGCUUCCAGCGCUGUAGGCUUAGGCAAAGGGAUGGAUCCCAUGGCAUCCUCAUGGAGGCAUUGGGUUUGCCAGGGCAGCGGCAUCUGGUUGACCAGAUGGCCACCAGGAGCCACUGCUAAUUCUUGUCUUCUGCUAAUUAAUAGAGUCUAAAGACAGGAUAAAUAGCUGUCAAGGUCAGAGACCGUGCCAGGAAUGUUUCUUUAAGUGAUUUAAAAAAAAAAAAAAAAAGAGGAAGGAAGGUCUACUUUGGCCACUUUAGAAGCCUGAGUCCUAGCCCUGCAUCUGGCACAGCCCUCUGCUGUACAAACCUUUGCUUUGGCAUCUCUCCAGAAUGCUAUUUGUGGCUGAGUGCUCCAGGACUCCUAGGGAGCAAGGUCCUUUCUCUGAGGUGUCUCUAGCCUUCUCCUU